AUGUUCGCUUUCCACCUGAUUUGCCGAUUGAGCCAGCCUCAUCAGCCUUACCCUACCAACUCUGCCGGACGCAGCAUGGACUCCUCACAGACAGACGCGGCCAUUGCGAGCAAGUUUCGGAUAGCAAUCAUCGGUUCCGGUCCGAUAGGAAAGCUGCUCGCCUGCUCAGCAGCAACACACCCCCGCAUCGAGAUUGUUCAGUACGAGGCCGACGUGCUACCUCUCCGCCCAUCGUUUGGGUAUGGCGUCGGUCCGCAGACGUUGCUCGCAGCCAAAGUGCUCAACCCGGAGCUCGGCCGCCGGCUCGAGGAGACAUGCUACACAUCGCGCACGUGGAUGCGUGCGUGGCACGGAGGCGUCGAGGACCGAUUCAUCGCCAACGUGGAGGUGCCGGAGGGCAAGGUAUACGGGCGCGUGGGCAGAGGCGAGCUCAUGGGCCUGCUGGAUGACGCGCUGCCGGAGGGGAGAAGCACUUCCGACAUUCGAUACGGCAAGCGCCUGGUAGAUGUGCGACGCAUCAGUCCGCAGCAACUCGAGCUUGUCUUCGACGAUGGCACCAGGGAGCCUGCCAACGCGGUGUGGGCUGCCGACGGUGUCAACUCGAUGUGCCGAAAGCUUGUUCAGGGGGACAGCUACCGCCCGCCGAGCUACACGGGUUUCCUUGCGUUCCGAGGCAAGGUAGACGCGGCCAAGGUAGCGGAGACGGUGGGCGAGCGGUUUUCCCGCGAGUCGUACUGCUUCGUCGGGGCAAAGGGCUGGCAUCUGCUCAUCUUCCCCAUCGAAAACAACACGCUGACCAACGUGGCGGCGUUUUGCACCGAGACAGAGCAGAGGAAGCUAGGGCGCGCCAGCAAGGUGACCAUGGACGAGCUGCUUGGCUACUUUCCAGGACGCAACGCCAAGGUAGAGGCCUUGUUGAGGGUGAGUAUCAAGUCGCGUUACCGCCGUGAGGGCGUAUGA